AUGUCCACGAAUAAUACCACAGAAGUGAUAGGCAAAAAAUUAUCAAUAGAAGUUCUCAUUGUUUCUUAUUUUUCACUGACUUUGGUGAUUAUCGGCACAUCACUCAACUCAUUAACCUUUAUCAUUCUUUGUCGUGCAAGAUUUCGAAAUACGAAAGUAAGGCCAGUUCUUCAUUAUAUGCGCACCAUUGCCGUUUUUGACAUUCUCAUGUUAUACGGAUGGAACUUUGACAAUUAUGUUUAUCCAAUUUAUGGUUUUUUCCUUCAAAGAACUUCUAUCGGUACGUGCAAAUUCCUUUCGUUCCUCAACUAUUUUGCAUCCCAAUCAUCAGCUUGGUUUCGCAUAUUUAUCUGUCUCGAUCGAUACUUAACAUUAAGUCAACUUCACCGAACAUGGUUCAGCUAUUCCAAACAUGUCUUCAUCGUUAUUGCAAGUAUUUUGACAUUUUUCUUUCUUCUCAAUCUACAUAUUAUCAUCUUCGCUUGCUACUAUAAUCCAAAUGGUACAGUGAACAUUAACUCAUCACUAUUUACACUCUAUCCCACUUGGAAUUACGUUAAACUGGCGUUUUACAAUCUCUUGCCAUUGACAUUGAUGAUGGCACUGAACAGUAGUGUCAUCUAUCAUCUCCGAAUGCUGCAACGCACAACGACUUUACAAAAUUCACGUAUUCAACAUCGAUCUAUCACUAUUACAUUAGUCAGUACUACAGUUCUCUUUUUCAUCAUGACAACACCAGCAGCUAUUGGAUUUACAUUUUUUUCGGAUAGUAACCGAACCAUUCUUCGAUCUACAGAUUGCAUAUCGUAUGGAUAUCAUAUAUUGUCAUUUCCAUUGUAUAUGAUUACAUUUGAUGAAUUUCGCCAAGAAUUCUUUGCAAUGAUUAUGUGUAAGAGAAAUAAUCAGAGAGUUGCAGUAGUAAAGAUGACUACAAAGCAAGUGAAUAACACAAAAUAG